AGCUAGAAAAAAAACAUUUAGUACUGCGGUCAGAACAAAAAAAUCACAAAACUCGGCAGCUAAACGAUUGAUUCUUAAACAUGAAGGUGGCUAUUCUCAUCCUGGCAUUGGUUGCCCUCACAGCCAGUGUGGCUUACGCUGCUCCUGUUGAAGAGACAGAGCUUGAAGCUAUGCUUCAAGAUGUUUUCGGAUCUCAACAAACAGAAGACGACACCGCAGACGAAACACUUUUAGAGAAGCUAAUGCAACAAGAAACAGCUGCAGAGCAAGACAAGGAGUCUAUUCUCGCUCAAAUUCAAGAAGAACAAAUUGAUGCUGUGCUGCAAGAGUUUUUUGCAGAAGAGCAAGUACCAGCUGAACUGCAAGGAUGGUUCAAGAGGAAGCUCAAACAGGCAGGAAAGUAUCUCAAGAAAAACAAAUCAAAGAUUAUCGACACAGGUAUCAAGUAUGGACUUAAGUAUGGACUCAAGCGUCUAUUCGGCGGCUAGGAAAUAAACAAGAGAACUGACAAGAGACAGAUGACUUAAGUUCAUAUUACGAAUUUUGCCUAGUACACAUAAUUUUGUAGCUUAUAACAAUUAGCACAGUGUUGAGAUAACACUCAAUAUUAUUAGGACCUGAGGGGCUUCAUUGAUUACAUCAAAAAUAA